ACUUUUUAAAAAAAAAUUGAUCAACUUGGUAGUCAUUUUUACUCUAUAAAUCCCACCCUCUGCUAUUCCAAAUAUCUUCUCCUUUCCUUUCUCCUCAUCAGUCCACCCUCUGCUCUCCCAAAUCUCCUCUUUCUCUUUGGCUUGAACUCAAAAUCAAGCACCCUUUUGUGAGCCAAUCUGAAAUUUUAGCUCCAACCCAGAUAAAUUAGCAUAGUUUUCUGAACUGGGUUUGUGUUGUUUAACAUCAAACCAAAGUAUUUCAUCAUAAAGUUUGUGUCUUUUGUUGGAACAAGACCUUGAUGUUUAAUAUCUUAAUCUUGAUGUUUCAGAUUCAUGUCUCCGAUUCUCAGUGAAAUCUUCCUUUCUGGGUGUAUGAUAAGCUCCACAUUUAGGCGCAGCACCCAUCUUGUUCAAUCCUUCUCAGUUGUUUUCCUCUACUGGUUCUACUAUGUUUCAUAGCUUUAAUUUGUGAUCCCGUCAAUUCUGCCAUUAGAUCAGUUAAUCUAGGCUCUAUCACAUAUACUACUAUUUUCUGCAUUUUCUUCAUCAAUUUGGCUUAAAUCUCUCUUGGGUUUUUCUUGUAAUUGGUUCAAACAAGGCUGUUAAAUUCUGGGUCUUAUCAUAAAUGGGUUCAUCCAGUGGCACAUCUUCAGGUUCAUCGCUGAUUCAGAACUCAGGCUCUGAAGAGAACUUGCAGGCAUUGAGGAAGAGGAAGAGAAUGAUAUCGAACCGCGAAUCGGCUCGACGGUCCAGGAUGAGGAAGCAGAAGCAUUUGGACGAGCUGACGGUUCAGGUGGCUGAACUCGAGAAGCAGAAUCACCAUGUCCUCACAAGCAUCAACAUCAGCACACAACAUUACUUGAAUGUUGAGGCUGAGAACUCAGUUUUGAGAGCUCAAGCUGGUGAGCUUAGCAACAGAUUACAAUCUCUGAAUGAGAUUGUUAAUGCAAACAAUACUGGAACUGCUUUUGGGGAUUCAGCAAUUACUGUGCCUGCUGCUGAUCUUAGCUUCUUGAACCCAUUGAACUUGCCUUAUUACUUGAAUCAACCAAUUAUGGCUUCUGCUGAUCACAUGUUCAAUGAGUACUAUUGAUUUUGAAGCCACAGAGAGAGAGUAUUAAGGAGUAGGGAAUAAUUGAGGUCUCUUGAUUUGUAAAAUUAGUGUUGAUUAGUUGUAAUUGAUGUAGUAUGAUCAAGAGCUGAUAAAGUAUGUGUAAUUGGUCUGAAAUCUCCUUCUAUGUUCAAUAGUGUAUUGUUAGAAUUCUAGCUAUUUGUGAAAUUAUUUUUUUAAUAUAGAACGAUAUCAUAUAUAAGUUUGUUUUUCUGAA